AACCGCUUGGUUAGAAGUUGGAAGAACACGGUUGAGAGAGAAAUUGUGGCCGACGAUCUCUGAAAAUGUAUCGGAAAGCUAUUUUCUUCCUCAUUUUCUCUGUUAUCUUCUUCAUUUCUUGUUCGAUUCUCGUCGGAACCGUCGACAUCAGAUCGUACUUCUUCCCUCUGCUUCAGUCUCAGCCAAUUUCUUCCUUCCCCUGUGUCGCCGACUCUCCUCUCAGAGUCUACAUGUACGACCUUCCCCGUCGCUUCAAUGUAGGCAUACUCAAUCGCCGGAACUUGGACCAGACUCCAGUCACCGCAUCCACUUGGCCUCCAUGGCCCAGAAACUCGGGGUUGAAGCGGCAGCAUAGUGUGGAGUACUGGAUGAUGGGUUCGCUUUUACACGAAGGUAGUGGGGAUGGCAGAGAUGCAGUUAGAGUUAUGGAUCCGGAGAAUGCGGAUGCCUUCUUUGUGCCGUUUUUUUCUUCGUUGAGUUUUAAUUCACACGGACGCAAUAUGACCGAUCCGGCUACGGAGGUUGAUCACCAAUUGCAGAUUGAACUCAUGAAAUUCUUGAGCGAAUCCAAGUAUUGGCAGAGGUCUAAGGGCAGAGACCAUGUCAUUCCCAUGACACAUCCUAAUGCCUUCAGGUUUCUCCGAAACCAGGUGAACGCCUCAAUUCAAAUUGUUGUGGAUUUUGGCCGCUAUCCAAAAACCAUGUCAAAUUUGCGCAAAGACGUGGUAGCUCCAUAUGUGCAUGUUGUGAGUUCUUUCAUUGAUGAUGACCCUCCAGACCCAUAUGAAUCUCGCCCGACACUACUCUUCUUUCAGGGAAAGACGUUUAGAAAAGAUGAUGGCAUUAUUCGUGUCAAACUGGCGAAGAUAUUAGGCGGCUAUGAUGAUAUUCACUAUGAACGUAGCGCUGCAAAUGAGAAAAGCAUAAAAACGUCUUCUCAAGGGAUGCGGUCAUCGAAGUUCUGUCUGCAUCCCGCUGGAGACACUCCAUCGUCUUGCCGGUUAUUUGAUGCUAUUGUGAGCCACUGUGUUCCCGUGAUCGUAAGUGAUCAAAUAGAGCUGCCAUACGAAGAUGAAAUCGACUACAGUCUAUUUGCAUUGUUUUUCUCCUUCGAAGAGGCGCUGCAGCCUGGUUACAUGGUUGAUAAACUCAGGCAAUUUCCUAAAGAGAGAUGGAUUGAAAUGUGGAAGCAACUAAAGGGUAUCUCCCACCACUAUGAAUUUCAGUACCCUCCUAAGAAGGAAGAUGCUGUCAAUAUGUUAUGGAGACAGGUGAAGCACAAGCUUCCCGGGGUUAAACUCACCGUUCACCGAAGCAGACGUUUGAAAAUCCAGGAUUGGUGGUGAAGAAGAUGAACACUGGAGUUCUAUUUUUCCAGGUCCAGCAUUCUAAACUCUCACCUCCCUAACAACUCUUAGGAAAUCAUAAUUUUUGCACUUGUCUUGUGCUGAUUUCAAUAAUCUUCGACAUCUCCAGCUUGGUUCGAUACGAAACUAGGUACUAGUCACCGUUCUAAUAGUCGAUUGAUAUUGAGUUGUAAUUUUCACGUUGUUAAAGAGAAUUUAGAGUCACUUUAGUGUGUUCUAAUUGUGGAGGCUUGUACAGACGGGUUGAGAAUUUUUGGCGAUUUUGUUAUUGGGCUGCCUGCCUGUAAUAGGAAUUCCCUUGUAUUUUCAUUGCUUGGAUCAUGGUAUUGUCCUAAGAUCCAAAAUGGUAAUAGAUAUUGUAUUCUCGC